UGCGCAAAUCAAAUCCAGUUUGUGUUCAACAGCACGUAGAAGCAGACGCAUCCUGGAGAAAAUAGCAUUAAGUCAAUUGCGGCAGCGAAGGAAUUCUUGCAGUUCUGUCAAGAAUGAACAAAGAGGAGAUGACAAGAUGGCUGCCGGCCUCUCAGUGGACCAGCAGAUCCGUGGCGGCUCAAGCAGGAAGUUCGAGGCCCUCGCGAAGGCCCUCACUGGCCUCGGAGCUGAUCGUAUAAUCUACCCACGGAAAUCUCGAGUCGUGUCACAGCGGAUGUCUGUAGCAGGAGGAAUCCCCAUCACUGAAGAACUGGCUGUUGAGCUGCGGCAGGUUGUGUUUGGAUGCUCCGUUUCUGCUCCCAAACAUGAGUGGCUGCGCACAGGACUGGUGUUCCGGGAUUCGGAUCAGGAACUGAGUUAUGGCCUCAAGUCAUCAUGCAACACCACCCGUGGGCUGCUGUCUGUGGUGCAGGCCCAUAUCAUCAAACACCUCUUGUUUGAGAAAAGAGGCAAGGACCAGCAGCCUCGACCAGACACGCUGUUGAAACCAUCACGCACGAGGCAGAUAGAAGCACUGUGGACUGCCAUUGCUGAAAUACUGUGGAUGAUUGGCGAGAAAAGCAAGUGUUCUGUGGCAUUGCCUCAGGACCUGGUCCAUGUUCCACAGAGUCACCAGUACCUACAGGAUGGCGUCACAGAGAAGCUGAACAUAUUUGAAUUCACAGACCUAGAGGAUCUUCAGAUCUUCAUUAAGAGAUACAUUUACCUUUUUGAGGAUGAUCCUGGACCGGGAACUCUACUCGUCCUAUACGGCGCCGUCCUGACACGUGGAACUGACAAGGUGAAGACAGACAUGGAUAAUGACAGGGCCUUUCUGGUAGCAGGAGUUGAAGAGGGUUCACACUGUAUUGUAACCCUUUUGCUAACUGGACAUGCAACUCCAUAUCUGCACAACGGGGUAGUGUAUGUCGGGGAUGAAGACCAUUACGCCAUGCCACAAUUCGGCAUACUGAAUCGGAGCGAGGUGGGGUUUCUGGUGUGGGAUGAAUGUACUGAAGGACAAGUGGAGGGGUCCAGGCAGCCAGGAUCCAGACUGAAGACACCAUCAUUGCCAGUAUGGGUGUCCUCAUGUGCUGGAAACUAUGGCGUGCUGUUCAACACAAACCGGGAAUUGCUACGUAAUUACCACGCAGAGCGCAGGUUUGAUCUUCACUAUUACACAUGUGGAGGUGGUCACUGUCUGCUUGGUAUAGACACUCGCUGCAAUGAAGAUGAGAUGUGUGGCAGUGCUGCAGGUGGCAAGGGGCUGGGGCGAGAGGACUUCAGUACAGCUCCUCCACUUGAGAAACUCAUACACACGAAGUGGCAAGAUGCUCAUGUACACUGGACAGGCCCAGCCCCAGUCGCAUGAUUUAUGCCACAGAUGUUACUUCAGUGCAACUCUCUGACCUUUCACUAAUCCCAGCUGUGAUGUUCUGUUCUGACCUUACAAAACGGAACUAUAAACAAUAGCCCAUUAAUUGUGUAUGCAUUGCGUCACUUUCAUCUGUAUAGAGACGCAUAAUCUCAGUUCUCUUAUUUCAGAGUCAGUACUAGACAAGACUAGUAUAUAUUUUGUUUGCUACAGAGAAAUAAAUAUAAAGCAGGUGAGUGGCAAAGAGGAAGUAGUAAUGACCCUCAUAAUGAGGACACGUGACAGCAUUAAUUUUGAACUGUACACUUAUUCCCUGUCAGUUCAUUUCUACUCUAAAGUUAGAAAAAUGCGCCAGUUUUCCAGUGUGCGCGUGAGGAAACUGAACAGAUUCUCAAAAUAUUAAUACUGGCAUCCAUUAUUAAAACUGAGUAAUUCAGGCUUACUUUCCCUUCGGCCCAUCCUCGAUAUCUUGGCAUACCACUUUAUGCAAAACUUCAAAUUUUGUCAAUUAAAAAUAUUUGACAGGUUUUUAUCAAAUCUAAUAUUGGGACUUCCUGAAUCAAAGAGAAAGUUUUGAAUAAUAUUGGCCAGUUAGGGCUGCCAUUUUACUUCAAUACCAAAACUAAUUUUUAAGUACAUUUAAUUAAAUAUAGAACUCUCAAAGAGACGGUAAAAGAUCAGUUCGUAAUCUCCGUUGCAAAACCUUGCCAUUUGUAUUGUGUAAGUCACAUUUUCUUCACUGUACAAAGUGCAUGGUAAGAAAUAAUGAAUUUCACAAUUUUGAAAGAUGUGCUGCAGUGAUAUAAAAGGAGAGUGACUGUUCCUAUACUCAGUAAUUCCAAAAUAGAGUGUUUUCUCUCUAGAAGUUUUGCUUUGAAACCUAAAUUUUGACAAAUUUCUGUUGGGUUAAAGUGCAGACUUAUGAUAAUUUAGAUGUGAAUGUGUGAUGUGGUUGAUAAACUGCUACUUAACAAGUAACUCCUCCAUUGUGGCUGGGCAGCCUGGGUUCAAAUCUCAGCUGGGACUCUGGCUAUCCUGACAGGUUUUUCAUGAUUUUCCACAGUUACCCCAUGCAAAUAACAGGAUAGCAGUACUUUGGACCAUGUUUCCUUCCACAUCUUUCUAAUUCAUUAUUCAUUACUCAUCCUGUCAUUAAAUAUUGUAGUCAUUAGCUGUUGACGUCACAGAAUUAACCAUAAAAUAAAAGACAAUCCUCAAUGAGAAAGUCUACAGUGCAGAUGAAGUCACCCUCUUGCUUUCGUAUCUGUGUCCCUGAUAGAAAAUGAAGAGCACAGAUGGCUUACGAAGAGGAUCUCGGAAGGAAGACGUAGCAGUGGCCUUUGAAGAAUUUAAAUCCCAGAGUAAUUUCGAUGCACUGCUGAGGCUUGCAGCUUGUUGUCUGUGUUGAAAUUUUCCAUUUGAAGUUGGUUGCCCAGUUAUAGGAAUCUAUCGUAUUCUUUUUUUACAAUUAUGUACUCAGGACAUAACAGUAAGACAGUUAUUCCUUAUGGUCACCUUCCCAUUAAAGCCGUGGUUCCUAACUUGUAGACUGCAAAAUCUUCUGAGGUAUGUGAAUUGUUUCAGGAAGUGAAAUGGGGAAUUUAUCGUGUGCCAAUAUUAUUUUAGGCCAAUUAUGGUUAUCAAUGUUCUGUUUCUGUUAGAAAGCCAACUUUUGCAGGUGUUCAUCACGUUCAAGUGACAAAGUUUCAGAUCCACUGCCCUAUAAAUAUACGAACACACGGCCAGUGCCGUCACACUACAUUAUCAGAGGUCAGAGUCUGCUAAUAACAUUUCGAUACCCAGGUUAUCACACUGUCAUUCAUAAUGUAACGAAGUGCCAUUUACAAGUUGCAUUAUUCAAGAAUAUUAAAGAAUACAAACUGCACAAACUAACAGAUACAAUAAUUGCACAAGAUCUGUGGUUAUGGUUUGAUGUGUAAAUGGUUUAUAAAAACAUGCUAAAUAGAAGACAGAAGUCCAAGUACCUUCAAUGUGACUACAUAUCAUGCUUGUAAUGGUUGUGAUGUAAGCUGAACAACUGUUGUUGUUGUACUGUUUGUUAAUUCAUUUAUAGAAACUAUAUGUAAUGUAAGAAACUGAUUGUCAUACAUGGAUGUUUAAAGAAAAAUUCUUUAUUUUGGUCUAUUAAAAAUCUCCAGUUCA